AUGAAGCUGCUACUUGCCGCCGGCCUUGGCUGGGCCGUUACCAAGGCUGUGUUCGCCGCGAUCUGGAGUGCCCUGACAGCUCCUUUGCGGGGUCCCCGCGGUGCCACAACAAUCUCCAGGCACGCUGGUCUCACUGCCGCCCGUACUUUGUUUGGAACCGCCACUGUCGACCAGAUCCUAUAUGUUCUCCCUCCUGACUCCCCUCACAAAAACUUCAUAGCUCGCGCAAAACGCAAAGGAACCUUACCCAAAACCGUCGAGCUGCCCGACGGCACCACCGCCUUCUGGCUGGGUAACCCCAACGCGGAGAGGUUGAUCGUGUACUACCCCGGCGGCGCUUACUGCUUCCCCGCUCUGAAUGGUCACAUCGAAUAUGUCAACUCCCUCACGAUGGGCCUUCAGGAUGCCGGUAUAGACAUCGGGGUGCUAUUUUUGAUUUAUGAUCUGGCCACUCAAGCCCCAUACCCGCGUCAACUGGAACAGGCGAUGGCGAUUCUCCGAUACGCGAUCGAGACGCUGGGAAAACACCCGUCUAAAAUCGUCCUCCAUGGAGAUUCCGCGGGCGGCCAUCUGAUCCUGUCGGCUUUAUCGCAUCUCGCUCACCCACACCCCCAAAUUCCAAUGUUGUCUCUGAGUGAAAGCCUUGCGGGCGCGGUGCUGCUCUCGCCGUGGAUGAUUGACUCUUGCACUGACUAUAAGAGUUAUGAAAGAAACAAAUAUCGAGAUAGUAUUAGCUUGAAAGAUUUAGUUUCCUGGGCUCCAUUCUUUUUGGGGGACGCUGAGCCGGAUAGCUACAACCAGCCUGCGGUUGCGCCGGAAGGGUGGUGGCGGGAUUUGCCCGCAAAGAAGAUCUUCAUUACUGCAGGAGAGCAUGAGAUUCUGCUGGAUUCGACGUUGGAGACAGCAAACAAAAUCCAGGGGGAACAUCCUAAUGCCGUUAUGAAUGUCGCGCUUGGUGAGUAUCACGCCCAAGCUAUCACAUCGUUUGAGCUUGGGAUUAAACCGGGGGAGCAGUAUAAAACCAUCAUGACUUGGUUGAAGGAGGUUUUGGUUUAGUGACAAAGGAUAGUUGGAUUAUCGUUGCCUGAAAGCCUGGAAGCCCGAGAGCCUGUGAGACUUAGCAAAACCCGACCAAGAAUCCGAUCUAUC